GAGACGCACAGCGUCUUUGAAAGGUUAUUUAGUUUCUCUCCGUCCAUCAUCGCGCAAUUUUUUUUAAACCCGAAAGUGAAUAAAUAUAUUCGGCAAUAAUUUCCCCAGUGAAAAGAACAUAUUAUCGCGAGUUCGAAUUUUCCCGAUCUGUGCGAAAUACAUUUCCGUUCUACGGAAGAGAAACGGGUGAGAUUUUUCUUUCCGAAGAUGAAUGGAGAUGAUGAUGAUGGUGUAGGAUUCGUGGCAGAGAGUCACUAUCUCAAGAGUCCCACAAUUGCACAACAACAGGCCAUGGCACUUCUGCAGGUGCCCAGAAGGGAGGGGAGGGAACCAAGCAUGUCCUCAAACCUGAGUGAUUUGGAUGUGCCAAUUUAUUCUUCGGAAAAUUUGACCACCCAACUUCCCAGGAGACAGUUUCAUGGGGGUCUCAAUGGAAAAUUGGUAUUUGCUAUAUCCGCCGCCUCUCUGGGGUCCGCUUUCCAACAUGGUUACAGUACAGGAGUCAUGAACAACCCACAAUCGGUUUUGGAAGACUGGAUGAGAGGGGUUCUUAAGGAGAGGAAUGGUCAAACACCUGAAGAUACUACCAUCACCUUGUUGUGGUCCCUUGUUAUAUCAAUUUACUGUGUAGGGGGUAUGAUAGGAGGUCUAAUAACAGGUAUCAUAGCGGAAAAACUAGGAAGAAAAAUGGGUCUGCUCUUCAGCAACAUCUUCAUAGUUCUCGCUGCCAUCUGCACAGCAACCGCCAAGCCGACAAGCUCAAUAGAAUUAAUCAUCAUAUCUAGAUUUUUAACUGGUCUCAAUGCUGGGCUUAAUGCUGGAAUUACACCUAUGUACCUAGCCGAAAUAUCUCCUACCAAUCUGAGAGGUGCUGUCGGUUCCGUAUACCAAUUGGUCAUUACGAUAUCCAUCCUCGUUUCGCAGAUCUUGGGUAUACGCAGUGUCUUUGGUAACGAGGACUCCUGGCCCAUACUUUUGACGCUGAUCAUGAUUCCCUGCAUAUUCCAGCUUGCAACCUUCCCAUUCUGCCCAGAAUCGCCAAAACACCUCCUGAUCUCAAAAGGACAAGAAGUUGAGGCACAGCGUGCACUCAUUUGGUUGAGGUGUACCCAUGAGGUUCACGAAGAAAUGGAGCAAAUGAAAAGUGAAGCAGAAGCCAUGAAGCUUGUUCCGAAGGUCGCACUCACUGAUUUAAUAGUAAAUGGAGCUUUGAGGCAACCACUCAUCAUUUCACUCAUGGUCAUGCUCGCUCAACAGCUCAGUGGAAUCAACGCCGUAAUCAACUUUUCAACCGACAUAUUCAAAACCGCCCAUCUUAGCGAAACUAAUGCGAUGGGUGCCACUAUGGGUAUCGGUUUGGUGAACGUCCUCAUGACUUUAGUUUCGGUGGUCCUCAUUGAAAAAGCUGGUAGAAAAACUCUACUGACGGCAGGUUUCGCAGGAAUGAUUGUCUCCACAGUGCUUUUGACCAUCGCUUUAACGUUUGCUAAAGACUCGACAGUUGCAAGCAUUUUCUGCAUAGUCUUCGUAGUGCUGUACAUAAUCACUUUUGCAACUGGUCCGGGUUCAAUACCAUGGUUCUUGGUAUCAGAGUUGUUCAGUCAAUCGGCUAGACCAACUGCUGCAUCCCUAGCAGUAUUCACUAAUUGGUUUGCCAACUUUUUGGUUGGCCUCACCUUCCUUCCUAUAAAAGAUGCUAUAGGGUCCAAUGUAUUCAUCAUCUUCAUAGUCUUGCAAAUCCUCUUUCUAAUAUUCAUCUGGAGGAAAGUACCUGAAACGAAAAACAAAUCUAUCGAAGAGAUUUCGGCACUUUUCAGGCAGAAAUCUUACGAAUGAAAGAUUAAAGGCUUAAAUAUGCAUCUACCACCAUGAAUGUUUAAAGCCUUCUACAUUAUUGAUGUAUCAAAUGACUGAAGAAUAUUAAUAUAUAUAUAUUUGUGAAGCUAUGUGACCUAAAUAUAUUAAGAUAUUUAUUUUCAAUAAUGUGAAACAUGCUGAUAGUGAAACAAGUGUAUAUAAAAAUGCUAGUUAAAAUAUCAGCUAACUAUUUUAUUAAUAUAUAAAAAAAAUUAUGGAUGUUAUCGGUGAAAUGCAUUUUCCCGAAUGGAGAAUUCCUCUUCCUGUCUCUCUUCUGAAUGCAUAUAUCAAAUAUUUUAUCCAAGGAUAAGCACGAACAAUUUUUAUGUUUAAGUUAUUAUUAUUUAUUCCAUAUGCGUGGAUACAAUCUUACAAAAAAAUAUUUAAAAAUCUUUUUUUAUUGAUGAAUUGAUCGUUUUAUUACUCGAAAAAAAUUUGAUAAAUAGAAUUAUUCUCCUGUCAUUUUACCUUUUUGAAAAAAUUUAUAGUAACAAGGUCAAAAGAGAAGGUGCCAAAACUAUGCACCCUAUUUGAAAUUUCCUACAUUUAAAGAAUAUUUUCGAAACAACACCUAUUUUUUCACCAGCAUAGCAUGAUCAGUAGUAUUAUUUGUGAUUAAUAUAGAUAUAUAUCUAAGUUUUCGAUGACUUGUUGUCGAAAUGUUUUAAUUGUAAAAUUUUGUUAAUUGAUUUUUAUAAUUGCAUAUUGUAAUUAUUCUUAGGUUGAAACUUAAGCAAUGAUUUCAUCAGGUCAACUAAUAACAUUGAAGCAAUCGUAUAAUUCAAGAAGUUGUAAAUUUAUAUCAGUUCUUUAUUCUUGAAAAGAAUGAUUUUGUGAUUUAUUAUAGAAUUAUGAAUUCAAUAAAAUGUUGAGUUUCACAUA